UACUCCUGGGUGACAUCGCAGAGUGAGUGCCGCUCCUCUCUGCUACAGCACUGAUUGAGUGAUACGGAACCAGGGAGCUCUCAUACCUGGAUUCAGAGGGCACCCAGCUGCAUGAAACCCUUGUUGGCUCUGUUGCGUCCAAAUCUAGCAACUGGAGUUCAGUUGGUGAGAGAUGGAGAGAUGGAGAGAACUGAAGAUGAGUGACACGAGGAGGGAGAUGAGUGAUUUGUGACGUGGUAGUAGUGGUGGUCUCGAUCGGUGCAGGAACAGCUGAAGUGUCGGUUCCGUGCACACAUUAAGACAAAGUACUGGUGUGGUGCGCUGGUAGAUGGCGACUCGGGUUGAAGUGUAGAAGUUAAACAGAAGGGGUUUCUUGACUGCAGUGGGUGAUGUUAAUAGGUGCUUGAUUGAACGGUGAGAGAGAGUAGAGAAAGAGUGGGAUAGAGAGAGAGAGAAGCUAGUUAAGCUUGGUUCGAGACGUCAAGAUCGUUGCAGCUGUCGAUGAGUUGAUGAUCCUGGAGACAUGGAGAGCUAGACGUGCGCUGGCACCAAAUGUAAGCAGGCUUGGAAGCUUUUGGCAGCCUGUGGUGACCGAGUGAGGGAGAGCGGAGAGAGACAGAGACAGAGAGAGAACGAGCGAGAGAGACAGGUAGAUAGCUACAGCUUUCAAUCAUCCCAAUCACCAAUCUGUGAGGACUGGUUCAUGGUCUUCACACACCGACAUUCACAGCCACCCGACCCGUCUCCUGCCCAUAACGCGAAUUGUAUAAGUCUCCUGUCGAUGAGUCUGACUUCGUGGUCUUCGAUGAUCUCGUGAGCGGCAUUCUAGUCGUGAACUAUUGGGUGGUCGUGUGGAGCCUGCGCUAGCAGAGACUAAAGGCGUGCAUAGUACUCGAUCACGUACAAGUGUUUGGUCACUUUUGCAUUCUAAGACCAAGUGGAAGAGAAUCUUCGUUGUCUGUAGGAUACUAACUGCAUCAUACCAGGACUGGCGAAGUUGUUGAGGUAGAGUACAGUAGGUCAUCCGAUGCCGUUUACCUGCUCUUGCACUGUCAACGAUUACCUUGCCUGAUUCAGAGGAAUGAUGUUAACAAGUUUUCAGUUGGCAUCGGUAGAAUUCCAAGCGAAUGGGGAAUCUACUUGUUGGGGUAGCACAAAUUUGGCCUUGUAGAUCCUUCGUACAGGAAGGGAAGCACCAAGAGACUGUGCACCCCGAUUUCUGUCGUGAACAUUGUUGCCUAAGUUAAGAGUAGAGUUGCAAAGGCACUCAUACUGCGAAAUUCUGAAAUUCUGAUGCUUCAUCUCAUGACCUACUCUUCGGACAUAUUCCGCACAAAGUAAACCUGAACUUCGCCUGGUGAUUGCAGUCAUUUGGUUUCUGCCGUGGGGGGCACGACUAAGAAGAUUCCAACUCGCCAUGGAUUCGAGGCAGGAGUUGGCUACCAUGAACCCGAUGUUGCUGCAACAAGCAUUACGCAGCGUGUGUACCGACCAGCAGUGGGUUACGCUGUGUUUUGGCGAAUCUUGCCCCGCAAUUAUCCCCCUCCUCAAUGGGACACCGAAGGCGGAAUUAUGGACAGGUCCAAGAGCAACAAGCGCAAUUGGAUCCUAGUUUGGGAGGAGGGGUUCUGCAACUUCCCUGCGUACAGCUUGGCGAGGACAGACAGCGAGGCAUCAAGAGCCAGCUCCUCCUUCCUGUCCACGCAACAAUCGCACCACGGCAACGACUCUGAAGAACCGGGUGCCAUAUCCCCGGAGCUUUUCUUCAAGAUGUCACACGAGGUAUACAACUAUGGAGAAGGCUUCAUGGGCAAGGUAGCUGUUGAUAACAGUCACAAGUGGGUGUACCGAGAUCCCGCCGAGAAUGAGAUAAGCUUCUUCUCGCCAUGGCAAGGUUCACUUGAGCCCCAUCCGCGUGUCUUGGACGCGCAAUUCAAAUCUGGAAUUCAGACGAUUGUGGUUGUGGCGGUACAAGAAGGCGUGCUCCAGCUGGGAUCCACCCAAAAGCAGGCAUCAACGUCAGGGGAUGGCACGAGGCGAACUAUCGACGAUUAUAACGGCAACUGGAGUGUGCCCUCAGGCAAGGAGUUUGAGGGAUCAUCCACAGCUCAGCCAAAUGAUUUCCAAUAUCUGUCGCCACGAGAGGCGUGGAGCUUCACCACUGCCGGAACGAAGAGCGUACCCCCGAUUUUAGAACCUUAUGCAUUCUCAAACGGAAACUUGGAAGCAUGUCUAACUACAUGUUCAUCUCCUACGAAAGCUCACAACACAGGGCACACCAGUUCUCACGGCAGCACAUCACCCACCAUGCCACCAACGCUGAUCCCCUCCAUGUCCAGCCUGCAAGCGUUGUUGUCAAAGCUGCCAAGUGUGACGCCUGUAGAAGAUCCGGAGGGUGCCACCCGAUUGCAUCCCAGCUAUAGUUUUCCAGUAGCAAAUUUCCCCAGUAAUUGGCCUCCCAUUUCUCGUCAGGGGCUGGGGAUGCCGCCACAUGCUCACGAUCUAUCCGCCGAUACAUCAAGGUCUCAGAACUCGUCGCUGAUCUUGGAGUCGUUCGACAAUGUGGGAGACUUUGGGAUCCAGAAGGCGGUAGAGAAUGGCGACUCCAGCUACAGUUCGUUCCUCAACGAGAUUUGCAGCUGAUGGAUCAGAAAAAGCAAGCAUUUAUCUCCACAACUCGCACAGCCUCAAAUAAGUUACCCGCAAUGCACUUGACACAAUUUGAUUACAAUCAGUGAUGAUUCGAACACUCAUCGAGUUUUGUGAUGUAAAACCAAUAAAUGCUAACUAACACUCGGCUGGGUAGCAACGACGAGUAUUGACUGAUGUUCUCAACAGAGCUCCGAAGUGGAAGAUGGUGCUAACGUCUUGGAUAGGACUCAGGGUUGGGAUUUGUCAAAUACGACGCCAUUUAGUUUAAGGUUAGUGAAUGGAUCCCUUGAUUAGAGGUGAUUCCUGAAUGGAUGGCGAGCUUGUCAAACAUUUGGAUUCUAAAUUAAAUAUGUGGUCGUUUCAGCCUCAAGUUUGGACUUUUA